AUGGCUGCCUCCAGUAGCAGAGUUGUGGGGUCCUUUCUUUGGAAAUGCGGGAAUUCUUGCUCGCUUUCACUGACAGCUCCGUCAAACCUAACCAGACAGGUCCUGUGCAGGCAGAUAUGUGUGAGCACCUCCCUCCGGCGGAAGAACCUGGCGGCCGCCGGGCCGGAGAAGUUUUCCGAGGAAUACAUUAAGAAGCAGGUGGAAGAGUUUAAGAUCGGAAAACGGCACCUGGCCAACAUGAUGGGGGAGGACCCAGAGCACUUUACACAGGAGGACAUCGAUAGAACCAUCGCAUACCUCUUCCCAUCUGCCCUGUUUGAGAAACGAGCCCGACCCAUAAUGAAGCAUCCGGAUGAAAUAUUCCCAAAACAAACAGCCAUUCAGUGGGGAGAAGAUGGACGGCCUUUUCACUUUCUGUUCUACACAGGAAAGCAGUCGUACUACUCACUCAUGCACGAUACCUACGGCAAAGUAUUGGCGUUGGAAAAAUAUGAAGAUCGUAUGAGAAGCAAAGGCCUGUUCUCAAAGGAAACCAAACAGAUUUCUCUGUCAGGGAGCAGGUGGUUGCUGAUGGAGGAACUUCAGGAGGUCCUGGUGGAAAACAUCACUGACCAAGAUUACACCCAGUUCAUCCAGCUCAUGGAAAAACUGCUGGCCAUGCCCUACAGCAGUCUGGAGGAGGAGUUUGUUCAGCGUUUCCGUCGGCAACUGGAGGUCCUGUCUUCCAAACUUGAGAUCCCGCCCCUUCAGCAUGACGAGAGGGGCGUGGCCUACAGCACAGCAGAAGGUCGAAGGAAAAGUGCCAAAGCCAGUAUCACCUUGACAGACUGCGGCUCCGGGAAAAUCACGAUCAAUGGAGUGGACUACCUCCAGUACUUCCCCGUGCUACAGGACAGGGAACAGCUGAUGUUUCCGUUGAACUUUGCGGGUUUUCUGGGCCGGUUUGACAUUGCGGCCAGGGUGGAUGGAGGAGGUCGCUCUGCCCAGGCGGGAGCACUGAGACUGGCCAUCUCCAGGUCCCUGCUCAGCUUCCUGCCCGAAAACCAGACAGAAACCAUGAGACAAGCUGGUCUGUUGACGGCCGACCCGCGGAUCAAAGAGAGAAAGAAACCGGGCCAGGAGGGGGCGAGGAAGAAGUUCACCUGGAAAAAACGCUGAGGCCCUGAUGAAGAGAGAGAGAGAGGAGAAAAACAGACUCUGGACAGAAACCAAACCAUCACAGUCUUCGUUCUUACAAUAGGCUGGUACAGACACAAAGAGAAAAAGAGAGAGAGAGAGGUGUAUGUAUGUGAGGUGGGGGGCUCUGUGAGUGUGUGUGUGAGAGGUGUGUGUGUGUGUGUGUGUGUGUGUGUGUGUGUGUUGGAGGAGAAUUCUUCAUGUGAACCCAAUCUGAUCAUCUGAAUUCCACUGAAUAAAUAACUCACAGGAGAACCUCAUUCACAGAGAUGACGUCUAAGCAGUUUGACUGAAGUUCUUGCUUUAUCACAGAGCCAGAACUGUUGAACUCAAAGGAAAUUGUCGUGCGACGACAGGAUCAAAGUUUCAGGCACAAAGUUACAACCACUGUAUUUCUGUGGAGUUAACGCAGAAGCUGUGUGAAGGUUCUCUGGUCUGUACUUAUGUGAAUAAUAUUUUUCUUAUCAGUAUCAAAAUGCUUGUAUGGCUGUGUUAAC